GAUCAUCACGUAGACCAACCUUCAACUUUUGACCAGAAGAGUUCAAAAAUCGUCCAACAAACUUCUCGGGUACACCGACACCUUCGUCGUUGGUGAAAAGGUUGACACUAAUAUGUUCACGACCGUCCCAAACAAGAGUCACGUAACCAUUGGGUGACAAAGCCAAGAUAACGCCACCGUCACCGACAUCUUCGUAUUGUUUGCUCAAGCUCGGCUCCAAAUCGACAACCUUCAAAGUUUCGGAUAGGUAAGUUUGAAUCUUCGCCAUGCUCAAAUCCAAAUCUUCCUCGACACCAUCAGCCUUCACGAACUGAUAAAUGUUCUGGCGACCUAGCGGCUUCUGGUUCUUGAAUUGCUCGCGUCCCGGUUUGCUGUCGUAGUCUUCGUGUUUAAACGUCUUAGGGUCCCAUUCAUGAUUGUACCUGAACAGAGCACCGUGGAUAUUUCUCAACUCAACCUUGACGCCAGACGUUGAAAGUCGUUCUUUGAUACGGCUUUCCAUCUUCUCGUAGUCAUAAGGUGCCCUUUCGUUGUGCGACGAGACAACGCCGUAUUCGUAGCUCUUGCCUCCUGCCUGAAAAACAAUUUCGGCACGAGAGGCAGGGUCAAUAUGAACUUGCUUACGGUAGCGAUCGAGGAAUUCUCUUCGGAAACUUUCGUUAGCAGAGUCAGUCAUCCAGGUAGCGACAAUAUUGUGCAUUUCUAACAAUGAACGUCGGGUUUCAUUCUCGCCCAAAAUACUGCUAAUAAUUUGAUGCAUUCCGUAGGAAGCCGAUCCGUCCAUCACAAGAAGAUGGAUUCCUCCAUUUCGUUUUGCCAAGACCUCGCGUGCCAAAAUCUCCAAAACCUUGGUUUCACAUUCGAAAUCCCCGUUGUUCGAGCACUCAUAUAUGGGAGUGAGACUCUUGACACUUUUUUCCUCUUUCAAAACAUCAUAGGCGACGCAUUCCUCGCCUUCUUUUCCGCAAACAGCAACAGCAGUGAUACCCUUGGCCUUACUGAGAGUAAGUGGGAUUGUUUCUUCGAUUGCAAUAGCACUUGCAGCUUUCGCAUCUAGUUUUCCUUCUUUGACAACAUCCUCCUCACAAUUUCGCAACUGCUUCAUCUUGGGGCCCUGGAUUUUUUGAUCUUCUUUCCACGAGCUGGAACCGUACAUUCCACCGACAACAACCUUGUAAGCAGAUACAUCGGUGCUGCCUACGGCUUCUGAAAGAGCCCUGCGAAGACUCUUGAUCUUGGAGGACAUUCCCCAAAGAUUGACAUCGAAUCCAACGUAUUUCUCGUCUGGCACGAUUCGAGCGCUAAUGAAACCUUCCUUCAAGACAACAAUACCAACACCGUUGUCAAAAACGGGUUCCGAAAUAAGCGUGAAACCCUCUUUUUCUGCAACCAUUUUCAUCGUAUCCGUGAUGCUUUCGUUGAGUUCCACGGAACAGUUUUCGGCAUUCAUCACUUCCACAAUUCCAGCGGCUGUGCCUUGCGUGGUCUUUUCUUCCGGGAUAAGAAGGUUGCACUUUUCUUCAGGAGCAAUGUUCUUUCGGUACCCGUGCAAGAGCUCAUAGCGAGUUUCGGGUGUGGACAUGCUUUCGUAGAGUUCCGUCUUGACACCGUGGUCGUACACGGGAGCCCGGAAAAAGUCUACGUUGUUGCUUCCAAAAACCAUGACUUGAUUGCAGAUCACCGGGCUCUCGUAGUUGAGUUCUGCGCUGUAAUCAAACAGGGCAGCGAAUUUUUCGUGGUAGUGCUCGUUUUUCACCAUGACGCCGUGGGGGUUCAGCAACAGGGACAACGCAUCAAAUACGUCGAGUUCCGCGGUGACGGAGAACGACAUGACGGUUUCCGACAAAUCCACCAAAACCAAAUCGAAGGAUCCCCAGUAGUCUUCGGGCAACAGAAGCAAACUCUUAGUGGCAUCGCCAAACCACCAUUCGACUCGGUCGUCUUCGAAGUACGGGCUGGUGUGGAAGUAUUUGAACGACUUGCGAACAACGGUCUGAUCAAUCUCCAGACCGACCACAAGCUCCAGGUCGGGAUAUUUGAGGGCUUCGUACAAAAGCAUAGAAUCUCCUCCUCCAAUGAAGAUGACACGCUUGACGUCCUUGACGAAUCGACCAGCAGCGUGUGCUGAAAACUCGUGGUAUUGAGGACGGUAGUUAGAGCAGAUCUGUACAAUAUUGUCGAGAUCCAUGCAAGUGUCAUCGGUACUCUCCUUUCUCAUAAAGUUCAAAUCCUGGUAGUUGGUCUUGAUAAAUUCAAGAUCAUCAAAGUCGGCGAACCUCAUAAGGUGCUUAUUGUUGCAGGUUGGGUAUUGAUAAUCCAAAUCGUCGAACUCCCAUUCCAAAUUGUCGUAAUGGGUUGAAUUUUCCAAAAGGGGGGCUAUAUCGAUGGGAGCCAUGCACCCGCCAAAAUCUUCGUCCGCCUUGCAGGUUUCUGGGUCGUCCUCCUCUUCUUCCUCUUCCUCUUCUUCUACUCCUCCAUGAGAAUCCGCCUUGGUGGUGGUGACCGUACCCGGGGGAGGCGAUGGUCCCAAACUUUCCAAGGCCGCCGUCAUAGCGAUGAUGUUGGCAUCGAGAAACUUGAAGAUGGUUUCUUUCUCGUAGUCCGGAAUUCCGUGGUCCUUGCCUUCGAAGCCAAUGGCCCAUUCGAUGUUUUUGAUGCGCUUCAAUCGCCGGAUUUCCCAACGGAACCAAACACGGGUUUGUUCCAUGAGUUUUCCGUCCCCAACAUCGGGUCGUUCUUCUUUGUCCCACGUGACAAUCAAUUUUCCGUCUUCGGCUUCGUCGACGUCGAACUGGAAAUCUUCUUCCAUGUAAUGCCAUCUUUGUGGGUAAUAUUCGACAAAGCCGUAAUCGCGCAGGAUUUCUAAAGCAGACAAUAGCGAUGAAACAACAGUAACCCCACGGGUAUGAGGCUUCGACAGAAAAGUACGUACACGGAGCAAGACACAAAUGGUGCGAACAAAUCAUACAUUUCACAAUGGUUCCGACGCAGGUCAGUUUCCACGCAUUAUUUUGAGAAACUUACCAGCGGUACCAUACCCCUUGCUGCGACCACCGCAUUCUUCGCACAUGUUGUAGGAAAUAUAGAUCUGGGCCCCGGGGGGAAUGGUCUUGGUGGCCGUUGUGUGGUGGAAUUCGUCGAUUUCCGUGUUGGUGUUGGUCCAGUUUCCGUUUCGGUGGUUCAGGUUGUCGUAGGCCGGAAUCAUGAUGGCGUCGUCCGCUCGCUGGAUGACCAUCAGAGCGGCCUUGACCCCGAUUUCGUCGUUUGGAUCCCCGCGGCACCUCUUGAACCACUCGUCUUCGAUCCAGUGGGUGGGGUCCACGGGCGGAAUGGUAUCGUUGUCCAGGAUUUCGCGCAGAAAUGCCUUGCCGGCUUCGGACCAGGCCGAGGGAAUCUGUGCGUCUGCCUCGCUCUUGAGAUACUCGACGUAGGGUGCGUACUUCGAAUUGGUGCCCAGGCGCAUCUCCCUGGCCACGGUUCGGACGGUUCCGCAGACCAUUUGGGAGGGAGGCUCGCGUUGGUCGUCAGGCUCGAGGAUCACGCUCCAUGGAACCUUGAUGAUAUCCUCCCCGGCUUCGAUCGUAUCGGUGGCGUAGACGCCCAUCGGGGUGGAGGCAUCUCCCGGGAUCUCGCGGCGCAAUUCUAGUUUGGGUGUAAUAAAUCCAUCGGGGGUUUCCGAAACCCAGUCGAAGAUGGCCUGGGCCUCCAACAGGUGGGUAUCCUUUUCCGCAGAUUCUGCCAUCGCCAAGGAUGCCGUUGCCCCCAAGGCCAAGGAUGCCAAACUGCUAAACUUCA